AUGUCCGCACCGAGCGCCGCUGAGGCGAGACAGCAUAAACAAGCUAUAAAGUACUUCGAGAUCUUCGAGCUCGGGAUAAAAUCAGAUUUUCCUGAUGGAGGCCUACGAGCCUGGUCAGUCGCCGCAGGAGCUGCUGGACUGAUGUUCUACGCCUUUGGAUAUGUCAAUAGCUUUGGCGUGUUUUUUCUAUUCUCAGGUACAUUCAUUGGUGGACCAUUAUUUGAUCGGUAUGGAUCUGUACUUUGGCCAAGUGCCUUUCUCUCUAUAUUUUCUGUCAUGAUGAACAGCCUCUGCAAAGAAUAUUACCAAUUUCUGUUGACCCUGGGCAUUGUGGGGGGAAUCACAUCCGGCAUGAUCAUGGCACCUGGUCUGGCUGCUGUAAGCCACUACUUCUUCCACGAUCGUGGCGCUGCCCUGGAAAUUGUAGUCUCAAGCUCAUCUCUGGGCGGGGUCAUUUUCCCGAUUGCGUUGAUGAAAAUGUUAAAUACCCCAAGCCUAGGAUUUGGCUGGAGCGUUCGCAUCUGCGCAUUCCUAAUGCUUGGUAUUCUACUUCCCUCAUGUGCAGCUGUGCGGUCCCGUCUCCCACCACGCAAAAAAGCUAUCGUUCUCUGGUCAGCCUUCCGAAAUCCCCUACUUGCCAGUACAGUGCUCUGCAACUUCUUCCUGGUAAUAGGACUCUUUAUCCGAAUGUAUUAUCUCCCCACCUACGCCGAGCGUGCACAUGGCAUGUCGCAGCAGCUUUGCCUCUAUCUUCAUCUUGGGUAUGGCCGGCUCAACGUUCUUGGUAUCUCUGGCCUGGCAACUGGUAUUAUGUGCUUUUGUUGGACACGCGCUCACUCGGUUGAGGCGAGUAUCGUAUUUUCCGUGACCUAUGGCUUUCCCUCAGGUGCGGUCGUCUCCAUGCUGUCGGCUUGUUUCUUCCAGAUUCCGAACGAUCCGCGUGACAUUGGAACGUAUAUUGGGAUGGGCAUGUUCUGUGCAGCUCUUGGGGCUUUAAUCGGGACACCGAUCAGCGGCGUCCGUGUGUCCCAGUCUGGUGGUUCCGAGACCGCGUGGAUAUUUAGUGGGGUCGUGACUAUAGUCGGUAGCUUCAUGGUCCUGGUUGUGAAGCUUUUGUCAGGCAAAGGGGUUUGGUGUAAAUCUUAA